CAAAAUCAACAACGAUUUUCCAAAAGCACACAAACACACACACACUCAAACAAAUUAUGACCAAAUGAGUUUUCCAUGUCUUUCUCAAUGACCAACCGCACAAAAGACAAAAUGAGAUCGUUAUCCCGCCUAGGCGACAUUUAUUAUGAAUUUACCGUUAUUCAUUCACUCAUUUCAACAAUCAAUAUACCAAAUAAUGCAACUUCAUGCACGAAAUGUCGGCUACAAGCAAGAGUAAUGUUUCAUAGACUUUUAGUUCAUCGAAGCAAAGCGAGCGUGUGAAAACGAAGUCAAAAAGAAUAACUGUUAUACUUAUAUAUAAAAUAAACACAAAAGAGAAUUAAGAAAUUGCUCAAAAUGCAUAAAAUGUGCAGAAAAAAAUUUAUUUACAUCUGUGCAUAAUAUGUUUAAUUUUUAAUUCUCAAAAUAAACACAAUAACAACAAAAUUCGAAUGACUAUGAUAUGGAUGGAAACAUAUCUCUUCUAUUGUUCAGUGCGCUUGGGUGUGCUUGUAGUGGUAGUACUCGGCUUUGUGCAAGUAUUUAUACCAACAGUUUUGCUGCUUUCUAUGGGCAUGGAGAUAGUGAAUCCAAUCAUGAAGCUUUUCAGAGACGAUGAGCAAUUUGGCAAAAAUAUUAACAUAUUGAGAAUUUUAAACUGGAUAGAUAGCAAUGUUCAAGGUUUCAUUGCUUUCAUUGUGACAUUGAUGGUCUUAUACUUGACUGGUUGUGGCUUGGCGAUAUUCGGAGCUUUAAAGCUUAAAAAAUGGUUUCUGCUUCCCUUUAUUAUUGCUGACUUUUUACGUGUAAUCUUUGGCUUUGCCUCACAUAUUAUAUUCAUGAUAAUUUUGAAAAAGAAACUCAAUUUGGGAUUUCUGAUCGUUGUCACUUUAGCUGGUGGCUUUAUAAUCUUAUACCUCGGCUACAAUUGGGCCACGAGUGUUGCGCUCUUUCAAAUCAUCGAACUCAUACACACUGAACGCUAUCGCAAGCUCUACGGUGAUGAUCCUUUCCAUCCACAAUUACCACCAAACUAUAUUGACGCCUCACAACUACCGUCUCUGCACGGUUACGGAACAGUGGAGAAUGUACGUGUGCUGGUCACACCACGUAGCGGCGAUGUUGAUGAGCAGAAACUUCGUCAGACUCAACGUGGACCGGUGAACGCCGCCGAAAUGCCAGUGAUUGCUGUUUUGCCAGCGAACUAUAAGAAUACUAAUGCACGAGUUGUACAAAAUAAGCAGCUAAGCAAGCUACAACAACAACCAUAUAGUUCCUACGAAGAGCAACAGAAUGAUUACAAUGCAGACUUCGGUAAUUGGCAAUGGUCCGAGUUGAUGAUUGGCAGGCAACGCAAGGCGAUGAUUAGGCGCAACUGGUGAAAUAAGUAACACGGACUAUAAGUGAGAUAGAGAGGGAGGCAAGGAAAGUUGAAAAGAGAUACUUACUGGAAAGAAGAAAAGAGAAUAAGAGAGAUGGGAGUAAAAAUUUCUCAGUGAAAUUCAGUGUUUAUUCCUUUAACUUCUGAUUAACUGUAGAGCGGUUAAGGUUUAAAAGAAACAUUUAUAUCGGUAUUCUGCUUGAGACGAUUGUCUCAUGUCUCUAAUUAUCACAAUAGUUAUUUAGUGAUUCUGUCAGUCAGGAGUCUCAUUUUGGUAUUCUGGCAGAUACAGUAAAGUAGUAUACUGUAUAGUAGUAUACUGUAUCUGCCAGAAUAUCAAAAUGAGACUCCUGAAUAACAGAGUCACUAAAUGAAGAUUGUGACAAUUAGAGACAUGAGACAAUCGUCUCAAGCAGAAUACCGAUAUUAAUAUCAAAAAUAAAAUUGCUGUUCGUACAGAAAUGAUAAUAAAAUUUAAUAUCAGAAAUAAGUUUGCUGUUCAUUAUUCAAAAGGAACCAAGCAAGUAUUAUUUCUACGCAAAACUGCAUUCGAAAAGAACAAACUGAAGUAAAUAGAUUGGUGAUCAGGAGUGUUUAUAGAGGGUGAUCCAUUUCGAGGUUCCUUUUUUAUUGAAAAAUCACUAAACAAACUUUGACACUUAUUUUUUGAAGAUGAUCUCUUUCAAAUCUUGGCCGCGGUUACGUCUUAAGUGGUCCAUCCGUUGAGUUCAAUUUUUGAUGACUCGUUCGAGUGUUUCAACUGGUAACCGUGUAACAAAAGUGUUCUCUCAAUAAAUUCAUUGAUUAAUGGGAUGUAUGGGAAGUUGCGCCGUUUUGUUGAAAGCAUAUGUCGCUGAGAAAAAGCAUGGAUCGAUGAUUCCACCGACCCACAAACCGCACCAAACCGUUGUCUUUUCUGUAUGAAAUGAUAGCUUUUUAAUCUCUUCAGGUUGCUCUUUGUCACAAAUGCAAAAAUUUUGCCUGUUUACAUACCCAAUGAGUCAAAAUGGGAUCUCAUCGCUAAGCAAAAUUUGGCUCGAAAACUUCGGAUCUUAUUGGAACUUUUCAAAAUCCCAUAGAGCGAAGCGAGCGGCUUCAGUUCUUGCACAAACGCUUUCAAUUUAAGAUCUCGACGUAAAAUGCGCCAAAUCGUUCCGUACGCCAGUCCGAGUUUCUGCUAACGGCGCCGAGUCGACUCUCUGCAGUCUUCAUGUACACUCUUGGCUCACGACUACAAUAAGCCUAAGUCUUUCCAUGAUCAAUUGCCAGACAAUACUGAACAAAAAUAACGCGACAGCCUGACAAGACUCUUCUGUGAUCUGCCAGAAAACAGCUAUUGAAGAAAGUAACUCUACUUGGAUCACUUUAUACAAUUGUAACGGUAUAAAAUCAUGACAUGUUGACAAAGCAUUCCUGUCCUGUUGGACCUUCGUACGACUAUCGGGAGAAGGAGGCAUCGAUGUUAUACUACCUCAUUUCCAAUCCAAAAACUUGCACACUUUUGCUCAGGAGGGUAACAGAAUGUUAUUAUUUGGUAACUUAUUUAGUAUUCAUCGCUAUUACAGUUCAACAAGAAAAAAAUAUUCCCUUCAAAGACAUAUUUUUGAUUCAUUCCUUCCCUAACAGGCCCCCAACUAGAUAACUUUAAAAACCGUAAAUCCAACUUGUUCAGUUCAUAAGGUGUCAUGAGUGCAGAACAUGAUGGAUUUUUUUCUGAAAAGAUCCUCAAAGUCCUUUGACACUGUUAAACGCUCUAGUUGAAAACAAACCACAGAUGGUAAGUGUUUUUAAA